CUGCGUCAAGCCAAGAGGAUCGUGGUUAAACUUGGCAGUGCUGUGGUCACUCGUGGGGAUGAGUGUGGCUUGGCUUUGGGAAGGCUGGCUUCCAUCGUGGAGCAGGUGGCCAUGCUGCAGAAUCAAGGCAGGGAGAUGGUGAUUGUCACCAGUGGGGCUGUGGCCUUUGGUAAGCAAAGAUUAAGACAUGAGAUCCUGCUGUCCCAGAGCGUCCGGCAGGCUCUGCAUUCAGGACACAAUCAGCUAAAAGAUAUGUCUCUGUCAGUGUUGGAGGCCCGAGCCUGUGCUGCAGCCGGACAGAGCGGCCUGAUGGCUCUUUAUGAGGCCAUGUUCACCCAGUACAGCACAUGCACUGCACAGGUCCUGGUGACAAAUCUGGAUUUCCACGAUGAUGAAAAGAGGCAGAAUCUCCACAGCACUCUACAGGAGCUGCUGCGCAUGAACAUCGUGCCUAUCAUCAACACCAAUGACGCUGUGGUGCCGCCACCAGAGCCCGACAGCGACCUGCAGGGGGUAAAUGUGGGUACAGACAGCAUGGGGGCGACACUGGAGGUGGUGAGGGUGGCAGCAGGGGUGCUGAAGGGGUUAGCCGAGUCUUUAGUAUGCACAGUGAUCAGCAUUAAGGACAACGAUAGCCUGGCAGCACGCCUGGCCGUAGAAAUGAAAGCUGACCUGCUCAUCGCUCUGUCUGACGUGGAAGGACUAUACAACAGCCCCCCUGGAACAGAUGAUGCCAAGCUUAUUGACAUUUUUUACCCCGGUGACCAGCAGUCCAUCACCUAUGGCACAAAGUCUAGAGUUGGAAUUGGAGGCAUGGAGGCCAAGGUGAAGGCUGCACUUUGGGCGUUACACGGUGGCACCUCAGUGGUUAUAGCGAAUGGCACCAACCCAAAAGUAACGGGUCAUGUCAUAACUGACAUUGUUGAGGGCAAGAAGGUGGGGACUUUUUUCUCCGAAACCAAACCUGCUGGUCCUUCUGUGGAGGAGCAGACAGAAAAAGCACGGAAUUGUGGAAGAAGUCUGGCAUCUCUGCAACCAGACCAGAGAAGUGAGAUCAUCCGCCAUCUAGCAGAGCUGUUGACUGAAAGGAAGGAAAUGAUUUUGACAGCAAAUAAGAUGGACAUGGAUGUGGCUUAUAGUACAGGCCGUUUGGCUCCUGCUAUGCUGAAGCGCCUGAGCCUAUCACCGGCCAAACUUCAUAGUUUGGCUGUAGGUCUGCAUCAGAUAGCAGAGACAGCCCAGGGCACCGUCGGUCGUGUACUGCGCAGAACCAGGGUGGCUCACAAUCUGGAGUUGGAGCAGAUUACAAUUCCUAUUGGGGUUCUUCUGGUCAUCUUUGAGGCCCGGCCUGAUUGCCUGCCACAGGUGUCAGCUCUGGCAAUAGCUACUGGCAAUGCUCUCCUGUUAAAGGGUGGAAAAGAAGCUGCCAACACCAACCGUGUCUUGCACCAGCUCACUCAGGAAGCCCUCUCUAUCCAUGGAGUCAGAGAAGCCGUACAGAUGGUCAGUACUCGCGAGGAGGUGGAGGAUCUGUGCCGACUGGACAAGAUGAUUGACUUGAUUAUCCCUCGAGGUUCAUCCCAGCUGGUGCGGGACAUUCAGCGGGCUGCCAAGGGCAUACCGGUGCUUGGUCACAGUGAAGGAAUCUGUCACGUCUACAUUGAUGCAGAUGCCAGUGUUGACAAAGCCAUAAAAAUUGGUCGAGACUCUAAGUGUGAUUAUCCAGCUGCAUGUAAUGCCAUGGAAACUCUGCUAAUUCACCGGGACAUCCUCAGAGCCCCACUGUUUGACCAGAUGGUUGAUAUGCUGCGCACUGAACGGGUGAAGAUUCACGCAGGCCCACGGUUUGCCUCGUACCUGACAUUCAGCCCAUCGGAGGCCAAGUCCCUGCGGACGGAGUACGGGGACCUGGAGUGCUGUGUGGAGGUGGUGGACAGCAUGGAGGAGGCUGUAGAACACAUACAUAAGUAUGGCAGCUCCCACACUGAUGUUAUCAUCACAGAAAAUGUAAUUGAGAUUUUUCUUCCAGAGGAGACAGCUGAGCAGUUCCUUCAGAAGCUGGACAGCGCUUGUGUUUUCUGGAAUGCCAGCUCACGCUUUGCUGACGGGUACCGCUUUGGACUGGGAGCGGAGGUGGGCAUUAGCACAGCUCGUAUCCACGCCCGGGGCCCUGUGGGCCUAGAGGGGCUGCUCACCACAAAAUGGAUCCUGAGGGGCGAGGGACAUACCGUAGCUGACUUUUCAGAGCACGGCACCAGGAAGUACCUCCAUGAAAGUCUCGCUGUGGGGCAAAGAGACAACAAUUAG